AUGUUUCUGUCUUUACCCACAUUGACUGUUCUUGUUCCUUUGAUAUCUUUAGCUGGACUGUUUUAUUCCGCCUCUGUAGAAGAAAAUUUUCCCCAUGGUUGCACCAGCACAAGCAGCCUGUGCUUUUACAGUCUUCUUUUGCCAAUUACCAUACCAGUUUAUGUGUUCUUCCACCUUUGGACUUGGAUGGGUAUUAAGCUCUUCAGACACAAUUAAUGUAAGCAGAGGCCACCCUGAGAAACUUUAUGUAGUAAGGCCAUGUGAUUUACAUUUAAGCAGAAAAAUCAUUUUUUUAUUUUACUCUACCUAACUCUUAUAACACUGAAAUGAUCUCAUUUUCAUAGCGAAUUUAAGAAUUUCAUUGCUUAAGAGAUUCAGUAGUAAAGAAGGUAAAAAUGAGCUUUUUUAUUUGCCUUCUUUCCAUAGUUGGAGGAAGGAAAGGAAUCCCUGUAUUCAUUGUAUUAUAAUGUUACCUUGUUGGAUUUAACAACCCUAAUCUAAAUCUCUAUAAAUGCUUGACUUUUAGUUUUGAUAUUAUACUCAAUUAAAAUUAAAUACAUUUAUCAAAA